AUGGAAUGGGGAGGAGAGUAUUCUCUUGAUUCUUCCAAUUUAGACUGUUUGUUAAAUGUCCUUCCUGGAGAAUUGGAGUUCCAACAAAUCCUUAGUGAUCUUGAUGAAAAAAUAAAGAAGAACUCUUCUGGCAUAGAACAGUGUCUUAAAGACCUGCAAUCAGAAGUAAAUGAAAUAUGUACCGAUGAAAUACUACAAAGCACAACUGACUGCCUUCAGUGGCUAAACAACUGCAAUUUUAGUUCUCUCAGACAUUCUUCUACACACCACGGAGAGCUGAUGGAGUUCCUUAGGACCCUGCAAAGCUUGCUGAAGAAUGAGCAAAAUCAAGAAGAAAUGAUACUUCACUUUCUUCUGGAUCUUUCUAGUCAGUGUGGUGUCUCAUUUCCCUGUACUCCAAGUGGGACGUCUUUUGAAUUGACAUCUUCCCUUCACGCCAUUGAGGAUGAUUCAACUAUGGAUGUGAAAUCUCUCUGGGAUGAUGUGAGACUGCAUCUUCGACGAUUUUUAGUAAAUAGACUGCAAAGUCAAGAAGAAACAAAUACUAAUGCUUUACAACAACAAAUGGAGUUUAAAACUCAGUGCAUACAGCAACUUUUGUUUCUUUAUCCUGAAUCAGAAGUUUUAACGAAGUAUCAAAAUAUGCAGAAUAAACUGGUUAGCGAUCUUCUACAGAACUGUAUUUUGUCUAGUUGUGGUGAAACAAAUUUUGAUAAGGUGGUUCAUGGUUACCAAAGUUCCGUACCCACGUUGUGCACAAUGAUAAAAGAGGAUUUGUAUAUACUAAGUGGAACUAUUGAUCCUUCUUCAUCAUUGAAGUUUAUUAAUGAAACUUACCUGGAUACCAUCACUGAAGAAAUGACAGUUCUUCUUGAAAGACUUUGUGAGCUGCAGUUCAAAGAAAAUGCUUUACAUAUAGUUAAAGCAAACAAGAUUUCAAAGAAGCAUAGAGGAACAGUUCAUGCUGUGGCCUCCCAAGAAUACCACAAAAAAGGAAGGAGCUUCUGCUUAACAUUGUAUCAACUCAAAUGUCUUUCUCAACUUAUCAAACUGUUUUUAUUAAUGGAAGAAAAAAUUGAAGAGCUCUCCGCAGAAAUUCUGUUGAUACCUUCAUUUACAGAGAGGAAUAAGAAUGCUCAAGGAGUUCUGAAGAAAGCUAGUGGGGAGCUUUUAAUAGGAGAAACUAGAGCAAAUGAAACCAGUGUGCUUCCUGAACAGUUACUUCAGGUAGAAGAGCCUAUUUUACUGAAUUUUAGCUGGAGAAAUGCAUUUAAAGACCUGUCUUCUUCUGUGGCUCACUGUAUAACAAUAGCAAUUGAGGAUUUUUCAACUAAAAUUCUUCAACAUGAGCAGAAAGAAGAGUUUUCAGCUGCAGGCUAUGCAAUGAGUCUUGUAAACAACCAGCAAAUGAGGGAGUCCUGUGGAGCAGUCCAACAGGAGGAGCAACCAAAACGAAUUGCUAAGUUUUGUUCUGACAUCAUGGAAGAACUUGACACAUUGCUUCCAUUGGCUCUGGCAUGCAGAGAUGAUUCUCUUCAGGAAAUUAGAGCAAACUUUGUAGAGGCCUGCAGCAAAGUGGCAACAGCUGUCCUGGCAAGGCUAGAGGAGAAAAGCAAAGACGUUCCCUCCCAGGCUCCCCUGCAAGACUUGUAUGCUGCCCUUUCCACAGCGAUAUAUGUCUUUCAGCAUUUUACAAUGUAUAGCAAUUUAAUGAGAGAAACGAGCAAAAAACCCCUGUUCCUAGUGCCUGUCCAACAAUAUCAGGAAUUCAUCAACGUUCUCCAGUUUCAAGUUAUGAACUACUGCGUCAGAGUUUGUGCUACAAGCAUUUUACAGGAUGCUGAGAGCCACCACUGGGAUGACUACAAAGCUUUUUAUGAGGGGGAAAGAUGCUCAUUCUCUGUCCAGAUGUGGCAUUACUUCUGCUGUGCUCUUCAUCAUGAUCUAUGGACUAUUCUACCUCCCAAGACAGCCCAGGAGAUUCUUACAGAUGUACUAGAGCAAUCUUUGGCUAUGCUGUCCUCCAGAUAUUGUCAGGCCUGCCCCAGUUCCAAGAGAACACCACAAAUCAGAAUUGAUAUUGCAGCAAUUUUGAUGUCCACUGAAGAUAUGCUCUGGUCAGUUUGCAGCUCUGUACAGGAGUUUCUGAAUCCACAUGAAGACAGAGAUCUCAAGAUCUAUAAAAUACAUAGCCACUGCAAUAGUCUGCUCUCUGUGCUGGCUAUUUUAACUUCACCACUGAAGAAUUUGUAUGAGACAUUUCUGAACAAUUCUGAUGAACAUCUUCCUCAAGAUUUUUCAAAAGUCUUUUAUCAUCCAUUACACUGGUUAUUUUGCAUACCAUCAUCCUGUUCUUUCUUACUGAAGACUCCAUCAGCCACAGAAAUGGCAGCCCAGGGUCAGCUGAAACUGCUCUUAUCCCAGCCGUACUGUAAUUUGAACUUGCUUUUGGAAACAUUGCUCCAUCAUGAUUGUCUCUUAGUGAAAAUUUUGCUGAGAAGUUCAAGAAAUGAAGUAUUGAAUCAUGAUGAACAAAGUUCUCUCUUAGAACAGAUAAAUAACAAAGAGCCUACUCUGAUUGAAACAAUCUUCACAGUAUUGUCUUACUGCACUUUAUCACCCAAAUCUCUUGGCAUUGCUUUUGAGACCUACAUGGAAAAAGAGCAGUUGUGGAAUUGCUUAUACAAUAUGACAGUUUCCAGUUGUGGUGAGUCGGAGCCAGAGGUUAUCAGAUGCUUGAAGUUGACUUUGAUUAAUUCAGUCAAGGGUAUAGUGAAGCAGAUAAUUUCUUUGAUGCAUUCAUGGGAGGCAACAGAAAACUAUGGAACGUACCAGCACAAGCAAAUAGUUCCUGAAAGUUUACUGAAAACGGUUCCAAAGGAAUGGAAUUACACUCCUCGGGAAAUGAAGAGAAAAGAAUCUGGGAAAAGCUUCACAAGGCUUGCAGCUCAGGCAGUAUCUAUUGUAAUCAGCAAGUUACCUACAGUGAUUGCAUGUUUGCCUCCCCCAAUUAAGUACUUCUUUUUUCUGGCUGAGAGAAAAAUGUCAAGAAACUUUGCUGAAUUGAAGAAAGCUGGUCUGCUUGUCUGGAACUUGAUUGUAAUUAUAUGUCGGAUAUUUGAGGAUGGAAAUACUGCAGAACUUUUAACAGGUGCAACACUUGACAGAUGGAGCAAAGAAAAACUCAGUUUAGUUCGUGUGUGCUUAGAAAGUAUUAUGGGAAAACAGAAAAGUGGUCCUAAGCAAGUGACCCAGAAGGUUAUACAAAGCAUUGAACAGCAAAGACCAAACUGGAUUGAAAGCCAGUUGCUGAAGGCUAGGAAAUUGAGCACAGAGUGUGCCUCAGUCACAGUAGAAGGUGCAACGUUAGAGGAAGGAGGUAUUGCACUUGGAUUCACUGAGCAGAAAAUAAACAUGAUGGUCCUGGAUAUCUGCCACAAACCAGGUGGCAGCGAGUACCUGAGGCAAAUUUAUCACAUCAUCCGGCUCAAUGAGGAAUAUUUGAAGGAGCAGCUGUGUUGUGAGAAUUCUUCUGAAGAUGGUGUUACCUCCAGUCAAUGCAUGCCUUUGACACUGAAGGGCAGAGAAGAGCAGCCUGUCUUCAACCCUUUCCAGGUGUACAGACAAACUUGUGCAAAAGCAUUCAAUCAGUCAACCAUUACUGAAUGGAACUGGGAUUGGUCAAACUUGCUGCCAAGUUAUUUGGGACUGAAUCAGAUGACCUUCAGGGUACUGCUGGCACACAGGUGGGAGAUGAAAGAAGGUGCAGAUCUUGAAGAUGAGGAGAAAGUUAUGGUGGAACACUUAAAAAAUGUUUAUUUGACACAGAGCACUCCUACCUCAGAGGAUAAAGAAGAAUAA